GGAGGGGGCGGUGCCCGAGUUCGAGUCCCCCGGCCGACUGCUCCGCUCGCCCGUUGCGCCGCGACCAGCUCGGCCCCGCACCGCCGGGCGGCCCUGCCCCGCCGCGGAGAUGGGCGAGAUGGAGUCCUAUAAGGUGAUGCUGAACGGGCCGGCGCCCUGGGGCUUCCGGCUGCAGGGAGGGAAGGACUUCAGCAUGCCGCUCUCCAUCUCCAGGCUGACUCCAGGUGGAAAGGCUGCCCAGGCCGGUGUGGGAGUGGGCGACUGGGUGCUGUACAUUGAUGGGGAGAGCACCAGCGCCAUGACGCACAUCGAGGCCCAGAACAGGAUCCGCGCCUGCGGGGACAGGCUCUGCCUCACUCUGAGCAGAGCCCAGAACCACCUGGGGAAGCCACAGAAGGACUCACUCCCCUGCUCUGAGCCCCUGAAAUAUAACUUCGCUCCCAGCACCGCCCUCAACAAAACAGCUCGGCCCUUCGGGGCCGGCUCGCCUCCGAACCCACGGCCCGGGCUGGUGACGAAACCCGUGACGUACGUGCCCCUGGCGCCCGCCUGCACCCCCCAGCACAAUGGGAAACCACAGGAGCACCCCAGUUCCCCCAAAUAUGACCCCAGCAAGUUGCAUCUGAUCGAGGAUUCGGAGGACUGGCAGCCCCGCAACACCAGCACCCAGUCCCGUUCCUUCCUCAAACUGGCCCAGCUGACGGGCACAGACAGCUUUGAGGACCACGAGGACGAGCUGGUUAGGAAGCCCAGGGGUCCCCGUGUGUCAUUUUGGGGUACAGAGGAGGAGUGGCAGUCCAUGCACCCCCCCGGCACCCCCACGUGUGACCCAGGCAAGCUGCGGCUGAUGGAGGACGCUGAGGACUGGCAGCCCCGCACCGGCACCUCCCAGUCCCGCUCCUUCCGCAAACUGGCCCGGCUGACGGGCACUGAUGGCCUUGAGGAUCGCGAGGAUGAGCUGGUUAGGAAGCCCAGAGAUGCCCGUGCGUCCUUCUGUGGUACAGAGGAGCAGCGGCAGCCCCCAUCCCACGUGGAGCCCCCAACAACCCCUGCAUGUGACCCGGGCAAGCUGCGGCUGAUGGAGGAUGCUGAGGGCUGGCAGCCCCGCACCGGCACCUCCCAGUCCCACUCCUUCCGCAAACUGGCCCGGCUGACGGGCACUGAUGGCCUUGAGGACCGUGAGGACGAGCUGGUUAGGAAGCCCAGGGAUGCCCGCGGGUCGUUCUGUGGUACAGAGGAGCAGUGGCAGCCCCCGCCCCACGUGGAGCCCCCCACAACCCCUGCGUGUGACCCGGGCAAGUUGCGUCUGUUUGAGGAUGCUGAGGACUGGCAGCCCCGCACCGGCACCUCCCAGUCCCGCUCCUUCCGCAAACUGGCCCGGCUGACGGGCACUGAUGGCCUGGAAGAGGUGUUUGUUAAGAAUCCCAGCAGGGAUGCCCGCGGGUCGUUCUGUGGUACAGAGGAGCAGUGGCAGCCCCCGCCCCACGUGGAGCCCCCCACCACCCCUGCGUGUGACCCGGGCAAGUUGCGUCUGUUUGAGGACGCUGAGGACUGGCAGCCCCGCACCGGCACCUCCCAGUCCCGCUCCUUCCGCAAACUGGCCCGGCUGACGGGCACUGAUGGCCUUGAGGAUCGCGAGGAUGAGCUGGUUAGGAAGCCCAGAAGUCCCCACGUGUCGUACUGUGGUUCGGAGGAGCCGCGGCAGCCCCCGCCCCACGUGGAGCCCCCCACCACCCCUGCGUGUGACCCGGGCAAGUUGCGUCUGUUUGAGGAUGCUGAGGACUGGCAGCCCCGCACCGGCACCUCCCAGUCCCGCUCCUUCCGCAAACUGGCCCGGCUGACGGGCACUGAUGGCCUGGAAGAUGAUGAUGUAUUUAUUAAAAAGCCCAGCCAGGUCUCCGUACCGGACCCGUCCCCGGGAGCAGCAAUGAAGACAGAACCAGGAUUGGCCUCCAGGACCCCUGCUGCCACCCCUGGCCCUACCAGCCGCCCACCCUGGGCUGUGGACCCCUCAUUUGCUGAGCGCUACGCCCCAGACAAGACGAGCACAGUGCUGAGCAAGCACAGCCAGCCGGCCACGCCGACCCCCAUGCAGAACCGCAGCUCCAUCGUGCAGGCAGCUCAGCAGGCCCCUGAGGGCCCUGGCCGCACCCCCCUCUGCUACAAGUGCAACAAGAUCAUCAGAGGACGCUACCUCGUGGCACUGGGACAUUAUUACCACCCCGAGGAGUUCACCUGCUGCCAAUGCAGGAAGGUGCUGGAUGAGGGUGGUUUCUUCGAGGAAAAGGGCUCCAUCUUCUGCCCCAAGUGCUACGACACGCGCUAUGCGCCCAGCUGUGCUAAGUGCAAGAAGAAGAUCACCGGGGAGGUCAUGCACGCGCUGAAGAUGACCUGGCACGUGCAGUGCUUCACCUGCGCAGCCUGCAAAACUCCCAUCCGCAACCGUGCCUUCUACAUGGAGGAGGGACAGCCCUACUGUGAGAGAGACUAUGAGAAGAUGUUUGGCACCAAGUGUCGUGGCUGUGACUUCAAGAUUGAUGCUGGGGACCGGUUCCUGGAGGCGCUGGGCUUCAGCUGGCAUGACACUUGCUUCGUCUGCGCGAUCUGCCAGACCAAUCUGGAAGGGAAGACAUUCUACUCCAAGAAGGACAAGCCGCUGUGCAAGAGCCAUGCUUUCUCCCAUGUGUGAGGGGCAAGAGUUCAGCUGUGCCCAUGCAUGCCCCUGUUCCUGCAUGCUCCUUUUCCACCCCUUCCCCUGACCCAGGGAGCCAGGCUGAGACUUCACCCCUUCCCCUUGCUCCUGACUCUUUCCUGGCAACUCCUGGCCGGGCCCUGGCAGAAUCAGCACUGGCCCCUUCCAUCUGGCUGGCUUCUUUUGUGCCCCCCUAGCUGACACAGGAGCCUGGGGAAGGGGAUGCCACAUAGGUCUCCUGCCCUGAGGCUGCACAGCACAAUGCUUGUGCUGAGGCUGUGGCUGGGGAGGGUCUGGUUGCAGCAGAGCUGCUCCUUUGCUUUGAUGGGGCCCAGCUGCCUUGGCACUCAGCACCAGGGCAGGGAUGCUCCUAGCCCCCAGCCCCUGCCAAACUCUUCCCUCACCUCCCCAGCUUCAUACUCAGCGCAUGGGACUUGAGCACUGGCUCUUCUCCCCCUGCCCACAGUGACCCCACAGCCCAGCAGACUGCUGCCGUGGUUUCCUACCCAGCCCCACAUGGCUGCACGCCAUGGGGCUGGGGGGGCCGUGGGGCUGUCCAGUGGCAGCACCACCGUGCCAUGGAGCAGGACUGUGUGCCAUGCCUGCCCUGGCUGUGGGCUGGGAGUGCACACCAGCCUCUGGCUAAUGGGUUCCCAUCAGGCUUGAAAACUGCUUCCUACCAAAGAGCGUGUGCCACCGCUAUCCCAGCACUGUAAAUGCCUCUCCCAAACCCCCACCCUCCGUUUGGGCUGCAUUUGAUGUAGCCACGGUGCUUUUAGUGCCUUGAAUAAACACUUUUUUGCGAGUGCCC